GUCACAGGUGGCAGGCCCUGUUUUACAAGUUGCAGCUCUUGCCUCCACCCACAGCCAAAAGUAAAGUCAUGCGCUGAGAGAAAAACAACUCGGAGAGGAAUUCAGCGAGGUGUCUACUUUUAGCCUAAAUAACCUCCCAGCUCUACGACUGAGGUGGUUAUUUUUCCCUCCAUGGCAUUUCCCAAGGAAGACAGCCAGGAGGACGUCCGAGAGUGUCCAGUGUGCUACGAGUGCCUGUCGGGCGCAGAGAGGACUCUGAGCUGCGGACAUGUGUUCUGCCACGACUGUCUCGUCAAAACUCUGGUCAGCAUCAACAGCGACGGAAACAUCAGGGACACUAUUGCUUGCCCCAUCUGCCGGCACCUCACAUUCAUCCGGAAACAGAAGGAAGCGCUGGUGUCGCUCGCGGCGGGCAAGGAGCCACAUGACGCGCAGACACUCGAGGUGCCUCUCCCUCUGCCGCCAGGGCAGCUCCAGAGCGCACGGCGCGCCUCCGCGGACCCUUCACUCAGGGGGCUUGAUCGGAUUGCUCUCUGCUUCAGGGGGAUUUCCGAACGAGUCCGUCGACAGAGGCUGAUCAGCCCCAGCCACAACGCGUCUCAGAUCUUCAUCAUAAGCGCCGAAGGGCGACCCAUGGCUGAAGACGAUGCGCUCAGCGUUGUGAUGACUGUGGUUCAGCCGCCGCGCAGGCGAAGGCGCAGGAUUUGCACAACCGCGCGGUGCCUGGUCUUUUUGCUGCUAGCCUUCACUGUACUCGCACUGGUGGCUGCAACUUUACCCUGGAUUUUGUUGGCGUAGCCCAGUGAUAGGGAUGUGUGGUUUCUCAAGUGCCAACAGGGAAUGAUUAACUAACAUAUAGGACACAUCUUGUCAAGCGGCUCAUCUACCAUGCAAUGAAGAUCAACAUCAAAAUAAUCCGGUGCAUUUCAGGGAAUAAUCAAUCCACUGGAAAUGUAGGCCUGCGAUUUGUAAAUCUGUGAAGGUGUACUUCAGUUUGCAACAUGAGAUGUAGAGAUGAUGUAUUGUCAGUUUAGUCAGAAAGUUUACAGGCAUGCCCAAGUCCUUUAUGUGCAUUGCCAAGCAACAGUCAGGAGUAACAGAAAGGUUAAGAAGCCUUGACAACAGAGACUUUGCUUUGAAUUCCUGUGUGUGACAGGUUCUACCUGUUUGAUGAGAAGCAAAACGUGCAGGAAUUAAAAAAAAAUAAUAAUCAAAACUUCCUAAAUCCAACCAGAGUGGACAUUUUGAAAUUAUAGUUUGAACAACUUAACAAACAUUUGUCAGAAAAAAAAAGGUGCAAUAAAAUCAUUUAACCUGACUUAAUCCCAUUCAGCAGCUCGCUUCAUUGUUAUGCUGCCAUGUUGUUGGGGACACUGUUUCCAAGCAACAUUGUGGUAAAAACUGUAAACUGCAGCGCUGCAACAUCUGUCCCAACUUCAGCAUGAUUGUAGGCUGGUUACAUUUUAGCAGCCAGACAUGAACUUGGUCAAGCGAGGGAGCAAAGUGUGUUAAUAAAGAGCCUGUUAAAUUAUGCAUGACGUUCACAAACCUUCUCCUUCCAUUACAAGAGAGGAUGACAUUUAAAAUGACUCUCACACAAUUAACAUUUUAAACUUUAAUUUUACACAUGACAAUGAAGUUCAACUAUGUGCUAGCUGGAAGGAGUUAGUGGUUGUAUCAGACUCCUCAGUAACAUCCUAUACAGCAUGUGAUUGGCUCACCUUGUAGUGUGUGCAAAGAUGGUGAAAACAGAGCCACCUUUAAAAGUUUCAAUAAGAAAUAAUUGAUGCACCCAUGGCGGUCUGAAGGAGAUAGACCAGCAGGUAUAGGGAUGAGCUGCGCCUGGCUGGUCGCUGUAAGGAGAUACACUGCUGGACCGAAGCAUUAGAUUACCACCAACUCUUUAAGAAUCCGGAUUGAGAUGGAGCAGAGAGGCCCGCGCUGUGCGACCUGGGGUGGAGAGUCAAAGCAAAUGAAAAACUAGUUGUCAAAAUGGGCUUUGUCAGUAUCACCACCACCCUGACGGACUCACACACUCCAGCUGCAAGCCUUCAGACAUCCUGCUGAGCCAGUCCUGCAGGUUACACAUACACAAAAGUCACCAACUUCAAGGCAAAGAGACAAGAGCUGAAGAGGAAUAAUACUUUUUUAAGUUUUUUUUUUCUUUUUACCUCUUUGAGCCUUGAACAGUAUUUUAUUUAUUGAAACUAUGUGAGAAGUUAAGAGGAGAAAUGUGUUUUUGGGCUAAAAAACGCUCAUAGACAUCAAAGUUUGAUAAGUAGAUAAGAUUUGUAAGAGUCCACAAGCAAACACGAUUGUAGGCCUAAUUCAUUGUCUUAUUUUUUCCAAAAUGCUGUAUUUUAUAUGCUUAUCAUGUGUUUUUUAAUGUAAAUGGAAUUUGAAUGAAUUUGAAAUACAUUAUUAUAUAUUAUAAUAAAUGUAAAUUCCCCUAAAUAUUAGUGGAGUAGAACCAUAAAGCAGCAGAAAAUGGAAAUAUUACCUCAGAAAUGUUAUUAGGUUGAAUAAAUGUUCUUAGUUUC